GAACGUCAAUGUAAUUAGUGGCAAAUACCCACAACCAGAUUUCCUCCAUCUUAACAAUUAAAUUCCUUCGUCGGUCAUUUGACAAUAAGUGGCCAGUCAGUCAUCAUUAUCAUUACGUACCAUGAAUGCUGUGAGCUGACUUGUGACAUUUUUAAUUAAGUGUUCGCUAUGUUUAGUUCUAGUUACUGUUUAUAUGUUGCCUUAGUGGUUUUGUGUUCAACUAGUGUUAUAGCGAAAGAAAAAUGUUACCACUGUAUUCCUGCGGAGGAGUGCCCAACUUACAAAGAUCUGCUCCAAGAAGAAAAGAGCAAAUGGCGGGAGCGGUUCCUUUGCCCGGAUGGAACCAAAAAAUCCACUCAUCUUGGAUUUUCUACUACCGCUAAAGGAGAUCUAGUAUGCUGUCCAGAAAAUGUAUGGGGAGUGGACAGUGCCAGUCAAGAAAAUAACUAUGACCGAAAUCCACCCACCUCACACACAAAUCCAGACUUGACCAGAAGAGAUGGAUUUCAAUAUUAUCAGCCGAGCCAAAAUUACUACAAUCCCCAAAUAGGAUCGGGGAGCAAUAAUUGGAAUUACCCUAAUAGUGGUCGUGGUAAUAAUUAUGACAAUGACAGAUUUGAUGGGAACGGUGGAUUCGAUGGACCUUACUGGCGUAAACAAACUGCUGAACAGAACCCGUAUUUCCUCCCUGCCAACGCGAAUGGUAAUACUUUUAAAGGAUCAACCUCGGGAGAACAGUGCCCUAUAACGAGCUUUCCCCCGGACCCUGCAUCUGGCUGCUGUGGACAGGAGGCUUCCCAGAAUGAUGAGAUUAACUCUCCACCCGAUAGUCGGUAUGGCCCCAACUCCGGUAAUAUGAACAAUUGGAUGCCUAAAAUGAAUUUUCCGAUGCCUGGAUGGCCUUCUUGGAUGUCUCAGCCGGGUUACACGAGAAAGAAACGAGAGCAAAACGUCACCGUCACCAUUGAUAACCGCAUAGCAGGAGGCAAAGAAACAGACCUGCAGCAAUUCCCGUGGACUGUACUUAUGAAGACAACCUUCGUGUAUGCUACCAGGGAAUCGGCGUUCUCCUGCGGUGGUUCCCUUGUCAGCUCACGAUACGUACUCACUGCUGGACAUUGUGUUUUCGAUGCCAAAGGAAGAGUUAAGGGAAUUGAAGUAACACUUUCCGAGUACGACAAGAGGACGUUUCCAAAAGACUGCAAGACUCUACUAGGUCGUGGUGAGGUGUGCGUCGAGAAUAGCGUGAUGCAGGCAGAAAACUACGUCCUUCAUCCAGACUAUGAUGACGACAGGCUAUUUAACGACAUAGCUGUUGUAAGGCUUCAGGGAGUCGCCCCGUACACAAGAUACAUCCGGCCGAUAUGCUUGCCACCAUUCGACAUUGACGACCCGCAGUUCUCCAACCUGCAGCUCGCCAUCGCUGGCUGGGGUCGGAACGGCCGGUACAAAUCCAACACUAAACAAUCAACGGUCGUCAACUUAAUACCCCAAGGACAAUGCAGGGACUCCUAUCCUAAUUUGAAUAGGAACCAAAUGUGCGCCGCCGGCUACACUGGCGAAGAUACUUGCAAAGGGGACUCUGGAGGGCCGCUAAUGAUGCAGUACAACGGGAAGUACUACCUGUCUGGCGUGGUCAGCGGGAAGAGAGCGGAUGCCCCAUGCGGCACUUCCGUACCGUCCUUAUACACGAAUGUGUACAAGUACUUACAAUGGAUACGAAGUGUUAUUAGAAACUAACUGUAAUAAUUUAAAUAUAUGAUGACUGUGUUUCAAGAUGAUAACUUUACUAACAAUUGACAAUUAUUAGAAUUUGUAAAUAAUAGCUAUAUGAUUUCAAGUUAUAAAUAAAUUACAUGCAUCUUAUAUACUGCUAAACCCCUUUCAUAAACAACAAGCUUUAUACCGC